AUGGACACCUCUUCAUCCACCUUGCAAAGUGUGCCCACCAGUGAUGAUGAUGAUGAGUAUGAAGAUUGGGAAGAAGCUCCUGACAACUCCCAAAAGAUCAUGACAACUCCUGAUGUGGACAGUGAUCCGAUAUACUUUGAGGAUUCUAUUAAGGAGGAAAAAUGGUGCAACGCCAUGGAUGAGGAAAUAGAUGCAAUAGAGAUGAAUGACACUUGGGAGUUAACUGAUUUUCCUCCUAGCAAGAAAGUCAUUGGGGUUAAAUGGGUCUAUAAGACCAAGAGAAAUGUCAGAAGUAGAAUAGAGCGUCAUAAGGCAAUAUUAGUGGUCAAGGGGUAUAAACAACAGUUUGAAAUAGAUUACGAUGAUACAUAUGCCCUUAUUGCAAGAAUGAAGACUGUGUAG